AUGGGGCUGGUGACACUGGCAGUUUUUCUUCAGUCAGUUGCUAGUUUAAAGGACAUUAUCCAGAAUGAAGAUGUGAAACCCAAGCUACAAUGCAUCAUGUCCGACCCUUCCUUUUCUAUGGUAACAGUUCAAAGUGAAGAUAGUGGAAUAACAUGGGAAACCAGCUCAAGCAGAUGUUCCACUCCUUGGGCCUCAGAAGCUAGUGCUACUUCUGAUCUUUGUAGUGUUGAAAGUUCAUCUGUAGAUUCUCCCCCAGGGAAAGUUAUCUUUCUCAUGGAUGAAGGUAAGACUGUCCGGAAAAGGAUGUGCAAAUCAUCAGAUAGGACGUCAGACUUGAAGGGAGGCCAGGGUAGCAAAAAGAGUGACUUGUCCGGAAUGCAGAUGCAAGAAUUAAGAGAUGCUCCCGCAGAAGUGCAGGAUGCUAAGUUAAAUGCUGCUGAACUGGAAGCACAAGCUAUGGAUGCAGAAACCUCAAAAGAUAAAGAGGGUUUGCCAGACCUUACUGGGGAACCAGUGUCACGUGCUCCAAUUGCCUCAAAGUCCAUGGGUAAAGAAAAAAAAUUGAAAAAAGGAAGGCCAGCCCUUAAUGGAGCUGUAAGAGCUAAAAUCCAGAAGUUCAGUUCAAUUUCAGAAGAAGAAACGCCAAUUUUUUUCCGAAAGAAAGGUAGUAAGGAUCCAGCUAUGCCAUCGGAUAUAAAAAGGAAGCAGAAACAACAGCACGAAGGAUUCCUAAAUCAAAGCCUUUCCUCAACACCUUUGGAGCAUCUUGAAAGGGAUUGCACUGAUGAGGAUGAUGGCUCACUUCAUAAUAUAAAACAAGUCGAAACAAAUAUUGAAUCUAGCAGUUUUUCAAAUGUGGGUGUAAUAGUUCCUCUUGAUAAAGAAGAGAGAAAAGAGACACGGUCUUCUCCAGCUGAGAGACUACAUGAGAUAUCAGAAGAGUCACUGUCUUUUUCAUCAUACCUUAUUGAGGAAGAGGAGAAGCAGGAAAUCCACACAAGUUCACCCAUGCGCAUAACAUCAAUAUCAGAAUGGUCAAUGUCUGAGCCAUCAGAUCUUAUGGAUACAGCAGAGAAAGAAGAAAUACAGCCCUUUCCUCCUGAGACUGCAAAUGUGACCUCAGAACAGCCGCUGUCCAUUACAUCAUAUCUUAUUGAUGAAGGAGAUUACCAGGAAAUUCAGCCUAAUUCAUUUUUGACCACAAGGACCAUUUCAACAGAUGAUAUUAAUGAACCAGAGGGGCAAGCAACUCAGCCUUAUGUGCCUAUAUCUACAGAAUCUGUCUCUGAACAUUCUAGUUCAUCACGUACUGGCAAGGAAACAGAGAAGCAAGAAAUUCAGUUUUAUUCACCUGUGGCUACACAGUUGGAGCCUAAACAUUCCGUUUUAUCUGAAACAAAAAAGCGGGAUAUUAAACCUUAUCCACCGAUAACUGCACAAUCAGAAUGUGAACAUCUGGAUUUAUCAUAUUCCAUCGAGAAAGCAGAAAAGCAAGAAAUUCAUCCUUAUUCACCACCUGUAACUGCACAAUUGGAAUCUGAACAACCAGAUAUAUCAUAUUCUACUUGUGAAACAGAGAAACAAGAGACUGCACAAUUGGAGUCUGCACAUUCAGAGCAGCAAGCUAUCCAGCCACAUACUCCCAUAUCUGCUCAGGCAGAAUCUGAACAUUCAGAUCUAUCCUAUUCCAUUGAAGAAGCAGAAGAGCAAGAGAUUCAGUCUUAUUCACCUGCAGUUGAACAACUGGAGAUUGAAAAUGUAGAUUUAUCAUAUCCUGUUGAUGAAACAGAAACACAAAGUCAGUGUUAUUCACAAGUAACUGCAGAACCAGAGUCUGAGCUUUCAGAUUUAUCAUAUUCCACUGGUGAAACAGAAAAACAAGCUGCACAAUUGGGGUGUGAACAUCGAAUUUUAUCACAUUCCAUUGAAGAAGCAGAGAAUGAAGAAAUUCAGCCAUGUUUACUUGUACCUGCACAAUUCGAGUCUGAACAUCUAGUUUUAUCUGAAACAGAGAGUGAAGAAAUUGAACAUUAUUCAUCCAUAACUCCACAACUGGAAUCUGGUCAUUUAAUUUUAUCAUAUCCUAUUGAAGAUACAGAAACACAAGAAAAUCAGUGUUAUUCACAUGGACCUGCAGGACUGGAGCCUGAACAUUCACUUUCAUAUUAUUCAGUUGAUGAAGUAAUUCCCCAAGAAAUUCAAUCUUAUUCACCUGUAACUGCACAAUCUGUGCCUGAACAUUUAGUUGGGUCACAUUCUAUUGAUGAGGAAGAGAAGCAAGACAUUCAGCCAUAUAGACCCAAGCCUGCAAAAUCAAAGUGUCACUCUUUGGUUUCAUCAUAUGACACUGAUGAAACAGAGAUGCGAGAAAUUCAGCUACAUUCACCUAAAAUAGAAAACUUGAUGUCUGAACAGUUAGUCACUAUGUCACUAAUGCAUACUGAUGACGGAGAUGGACAAGAACUUCAAGCUUAUUCACUGGGCACAGAAUACAUGCUGUCAGAACAGUUAACAGCUCCUUCUCCCACCUUCAUUGCUGAAAGUGAUAAGCAAGAAAUACAACCUGAUGCACAUGAAGUGCCAGACUUGGUUUCAGAAGUUUUGAACUUUUCAGCUGGUUCCAUUAAUGAAGAAGAGAGGCAUGAUAUUGAUUCUUCUUUGCCUGACACAGAAUAUACGUCAUCUGAACAAUCAAUGGCUGUUUCAUCAGACUUUAUUGAUGAAACCGUGAUGCAAGAAAAUCAGUCUUAUUCAGCUGAAGUAGACAGUUUCCCAUCAACACAGUUAAAAACCACCUUAGUUAAGCCUUUUAAUGAAACAGAGACUCUAGAAAUUCAAGCGUAUGCAUUUGAAGAAACUGAUUUGUUGUCAGAAGAGUCAAAAACUGGCUAUGCUGAUCCUACAAAUAAUAACGAAGCAGACAAGCAAGAAAUUCAGUCUUUUCCAAAUGAAGCUGAAUACUUUGAAUCAAAACAAUUUCCAGGUAGACUUCAGACAGCACGUACAGCCCAAAGUACUAAUGAGAAUAAAUCAGCGAUGACAAUGGUAUCUGAUUUUGUUUCAAAUGAAGCUUCCCGUAAUCUCCUAUCAGAGCCCAUUAAUGAAAUCCACACACAUAAUUUAUACUCCUCACUACCAGGUAAUCCAGUCUCAGAUAAAAAUUUAAACAAUGUAACAGAAACUAGCAUUGGAGACCUUUCAACAGCAGAAGAAAUACAGCAUUUUUCAAAUGUAGAAGCAGGGUCAAAAGAGCCUGAACAUUAUCCACCGAGAGAAGAGAAAUUAACAGAACAUGUGAACUCUGCAGAAGAAUCGAAAUAUACUCCAGAACCUGAUGAACAAAAAGAUAUGUUUAAUAUCAUUUCAGAAGGCUAUGAGAUUUUGAAUAUUCAUGUUGUCCCACUCAUUUCUUCAGUGGAUGAAGAAGAAAGCAAACACAUGCCAGAUAAACUAGAAUACUUAGAAACAAAUACCCUCAUUAAAACAAAACUGUUUGAUUGUGGUGACCAGGAAGUGUCAGCACAUGGAACAGCUACAGAAAUUUCAGAAAACUCAGUGACAGAUGACACCAGCGGUAAAGAUAUGAAACAAAAAGAACUUGUUGAAGAAGUAGAUGCUCAGGAAAUUGUAGAAACAGAGGAGGAAAUUUCCACUGUGUCAGAAAAUAAAGGUGGCGAAGUUUUGAAUCCUAACAAGAGUACCACUGAGGUGGAUUAUUUUGAAAAGUAUACUUUGAUUGAUGACAAAUCCCCCACUGAGCUAUCUGUUCAGGGGCUAUCUCCCUUUGUUGCUGUAAUGGCAAAUCGUAAGAAGCAUACAGAAGAAGCCAUCUCUUCAACUGGAAGUUCUGAUGUUAAUACUUUGGAAGAUGAAUUUACUUUACUAGAUAAUGACUUGGAUGAAGCCUUUUAUGGAAUGAUAGAACAAGAAAGUGAGAUGCAGACUUCUGCAGAUGCUCAGAAAUUUUUGACUAUGCAAAAAUCAAUUGAUUGUAGUAAAAAAGUGAUAAAUAUAGAAGAUGAACAGAAGUUAGCAGGCACACCCUUAUUUGAUACAGAAGAAGGAGUGUUAGAACGAUCUACGUUGUUUCCCACAUCAGUCAGCGCGAUUAACCCAGAACUUCUAGAGGAGCCACCUGCACUGGCAUUUUUAUACAAGGACCUCUAUGCAGAAGCAGUGGGAGAAAAUGCAAAAGGUGAAAAUGAGCCUCCUUCUGAUGAAGAAAGUGGGAAUUCUGAUGCAUCUUUUCCUCGAAAUUCUGACACAGACGAUGAAACUGGAAUAUAUUUUGAAAAAUACAUUCUUAAAGAUGAUAUUCCUUGUAAUGUGGCUGGGUCUCAAAAAGAUCAGGUUUCAAAGGCUCAGUCUAUUAAUAAAGACGUGUCAGGCCAACUGAGGCUUUCAGGAGACAAACAUAAGGAUUUUUAUGAGGUAAUUGAAAAGGAGCAGCAAUCUGUUCAUAUUUUAGCUGAAGAAUCCACCAAAACCGAGAUCUUGUCAGAAGGAGAAAUUAUGGCAGGAGAGAGAAUCCCAUUUAUUAGUUAUAUUAAAGUAACAAUUUGUCAGCCAACUCAGGCAAUUCCUUUUGGAAGCAAGCUUAAUGUUUCAGGUGCAAGAAAUGAUCCCACUAGUCAAAGAGACGAAGAAAAUGCACCUGCAGCAACACACCAGGAAUUGUCAGAGCAAGUGAGUCAUGAAGAGUCCAGUCAAGUACUAGAUUCUGAGGUAAUUACCAAUCAAAAAGAAGCAUCCGUGCAAGAUAAAUCAAAGCCAGUAACUCCUCUAACAGAUGAGCAGAAAGAACGACAUGAAAUAGCAGCAGUUAAUAAAAUGGAUAAUUACGUGCUUCAUGGCAGAACACCUGUUGAUGAAAGUGAAAGCAAUCAAUAUGUUCAUACACCUCAGGAACCAGAGCAAUUAAUUUCAUAUUUGAAUAAUCACCUUCAUCCCAUGACAAAAGAGGCAUAUGAUUUAGACCAUGAUCGUAUGAACAAAAAAAUAAGCAGGGAAAAAUAUCUAUUGGAUACAGAUGAGCAGACAAAUGAAAAAACAGUCAGAGAAAAUAUUGCCGAUGAUAUAGCAAAGCAUAACCUAGAAGUAGCUAAGACUGGCCUUCCAGAACUUGGAGUAAAAUUCGAUAAGGCAUCAGGUGAUUUAGACUUACAGCCUUUUAGACAUGAUUUUGAUAACUUUCCAUCAGAUUCAACAAGAGAGGAGCAGUGCUUUGAGACUGAUGAACAUCUUGCCGAGUCAAUGGAUUAUGAAGUGAUUACCCAAGAAGAACUUUUGCAAGAUGAAAUGUCCUCUGAAUUGGCACAUGAAGAUUUGUUGUUUGAAGACAGGGAAUCUUUUGAGCAGAUUAGCUAUAGUUAUGAAUUUGUAAAUGAGACAGAGCAAGAGACACCCAUUGAACAUGAGGAUUCAGGCUUUGUGAUGAUGAAUUCUGAAAAAUCAUCACUAGGCAUAUCUGAAAGUGAGAGUCCACAAAAAGAAAUUAAGAAGGCCCAUGUUGAUACUUAUUGCUGCCAGUGCAGGUGCCCAAUUUCUGCUAUUGACAAGCUUUUUGGGGAGCAUGAAGGCCAUGAUGUGACAACACUGGACACUGCUGUAAUGGAUAUGAAGGAUCAAUUAGAUGAAUUUCUAGGAGAAUUACAGCAAAGGUCAAUGAAGUUUGAGGAGUUGGUUAGUGAAAUAGAAUCCCUGUUUAAUUCUGUUGAGGAAAACAGUAAAAAAAAGGAGCAGUUUUUAGAAGACCAAAAUGAAGAGCUGGUUAAGACAGUGAUAGCCCAGUAUGAUGAGAAGUCCCAGAACUUUGAGGAGGUGAAGAAGAUGAAAAUGGAAUACUUGUAUGAACAGAUGGUUAACUUUCAGCAAAGUAUUGUUGAGGCGAAGGAAACCUUGGAGAUGACUGUAAAGGAAACAGAAGAACUUGAUGAUGUUCUUUUCCUAAAUUUAUCUAAAGAAAUGAAUAAAAGGUUACUUUCUGCAAUGGAUAAUUCUCUCUCAUUAGAAAAAAUGCCCAGUGCAUUUUCACUUUUUGACCAUUAUGCAGACAGUUCAGUGAGAAGUGACCAGAAGACCUUAAAAUGUGUCGCUGUUCCACAGACUCCAAAAUUGCUACCUCAGGAACCAAACUCGGCUACAAGCACAUCAAUUGCAGUCUAUUGGACUGUGAGUGAAGGGGACGUCAUUGAUUGCUUCCAGGUGUAUUGCAUGGAGGAACCUCAACCGAACAAAGAUCAAAGUGCCCUGGUGGAAGAAUACAGAGUUACAGUGAAGGAGAGUUACUGCAUUUUGGAAGACCUGGAGCCAGAUCGCUAUUAUGGUGUGUGGGUCAUGGCUGUGAACUAUACAGGAUGUAGCUUACCAAGUCACAAAUCCACUUUUAGAACUGCACCCUCUACCCCCUUACUAAAGGCAGAAGACUGUACUGUGUGUUGGGACACUGCCGUCAUCCGAUGGAGCACAGCCAACCCCGAAGCAACAAAGUCUUUCACACUGGAGUACUGCAGACAGUACUCUCCUGAAGGAGAGGGUCUCAGAUCUGUUGCUGGAAUAAAAAAGCCUGAACUGCAAGUUAAUCUGCAGCCCAAUGUGAAUUAUUUCUUCUAUGUGAGAGCUGCCAACUCAUCUGGGACAAGUGAACAGAGUGAAGCCGCCCUCAUCUCAACGAAAGGAACUAGAUUUCAUGUGAUGAGUGACACAGCUCAUCCUGCUUUGCAAGUGUCUUCCGAUGGAACUGUGAUAUGCCUUCCUGAGAGAACCAAAUUCACUGGAAUUCCAUCUGUCCUGGGUGAGCUGCUGCCAGCUCGUGGUCGGCAUUACUGGGAAAGCACCGUCACUGGCUGCAAAGGCUACCGGAUGGGAAUCUCCUAUAACUCUACCCCACGAGGCAGCAUCCUGGGGCAGGAUGAUACUUCUUGGUGCAUAUGUUGUUGUUCUACACAAACAAGUUUCAUUUAUAAAUUCUUCCACCGUGGUGUAAUGAAUGACGUUUAUGUGAUGGAGCAGCCAGCCAGGGUCGGAAUUCUGCUGGAUUAUAAUGCUGGGAGACUUUCAUUCUUCAAUGCAGAGAGAGGACUAGUUCUGUUCACCAUCAGGCACAGAUUUACCAAUGCUGCUCACCCUGCCUUUGUUCUGGAGAAAGCUGGCGUACUUAACCUGCACACAGGAAUGGAGCUGCCAGAGUUUGUGAAACACAGCUAAUCUUUUGCUUUCAAACUCUCCGGAAGACAAAUCAUUAUAAUUUUUGGGGGGGCAGGGAGAGGGUAUCUAUUUUUCUCUUAACAAAUGUUACCCACACCAUUCUCCCACACAUCAACACUAAUUGUAAUUAUACACAUAGCACUCUGUGCAUGGAGAGGAGAAUAGACUCCUUCCCACUUAGUAUGUAUCUUGUGGUAUAUAUUGAGUUAUUCUCUAAAGGAAAAAGGUGUAUAUUAGAACCAAGCAUUGGGAGGGGGAAAGAUAAAUUCAUGAACAGGAACUGCAGUCUUUAUGACGAUAAAAAAUAGUUACAAUACUAGCUGAAUUUUUUUACGUGUGAUGAUGAUCUUGUAUAUGACAUAAGUGCUUCUCUCUUUGAGCUUUAGAAAUCUGCAUUUCUACAAAAAUAAAUGGGCAGAGAAAAUAAGAUUAAAGGGGCAACAUUUUCAAGCCAGCCCCAAACUAGCCUCCAACGUUGCUCACACAAAUUUUGAAUCUGUAGACCCCAUAUUCUGCACCCACAUUGUUCAGACAGACAGAGUUAUCUGAUUUGUGUGCACACAGGUAUCUGAUUUGUGUAAUGUGAAUAGAUGUUCAGCAAAAAUAUGCAUAUGCAGUUUUGGAGUCUGAAGUGUUGCCUGUGUUUUUGGCCCUAAAAUUACUGCCUGGAUGGUUUAAAGGAUAGAUAGGGUCCUAUAGCCUGCAACCUGUGGAGUAAAAUUGUCAUCAACCUUCCUGUGAAUUGUCCCUUUUUCAUCUUUGACAUAAUUGCUGUUGCCUUUGAUCUUACCUUACCCAGUUUCACACUUAAGUAUAGAACUCCCCAUAGAUGAUGUCCUGCUCUCGUCUUUUUGUCCCAUUUGAGCUUUGUCUACACUAGCAUUGGACCCUAGUUAACAAGCUGCAAUGCUUGGGGGCUAUUGUGAUUGGCUGCCUAGAAAUUGCUAGAUAAGAAGACGAAGAUGGCAUCUGAGUAUGAUUAAACAUUGCCAGCAGAGCUAUAUUCUGGUAUUAACCCUGGCCAGUGUUAGA